UAUACUAGAAGUAAUAUAAUGAUUAAAAAACUGGACUUGUAAUUAUCUAGUCAUUACAAUAGAACUAGUUUGUAAUAGAUUGAGAAUGACACAACUCUAUGUAUGUAGGGAAUUUCCUAUUGAAACUGGGAAAGUGUUACAGUUCCUAUAUAGCAGCAAGGAGUUACAGAGGAGUAACGGCGGUUUGGCAGUUGGUCCAGUAUCAGCUCAUGUUGUCAACAACCCAAAAUAUAUCGAAACAUUGAAGUCAAUGAACACUCCAUGUUGCAGCCCUAGUGAAGUGAUAUUCAGCCCAAACGUCCAACAAUCAUUAUAUUGUCACCUUCUUUGUGGUCUCAUGUUUCGCGACGAAGUCCAAUUCGUCUCAUCCGUGUUUGCUCACGCUUUAAUUCUCGCUUUCCGAACAUUUGAGCAGAUAUGGAAAGAACUCUGCUCUGAUAUUCGGAGCGGGGUUCUGUCCAGCCGGAUCACUAUUCCCACCCUUCGAUGCGCGAUGUCAUCGAAAGUUCUCAUCAAGCCUAAUGCUGAGUUGGCAGACCGAAUCCGUGCAAAGUGCGAACGACUAACAGAAAAUGAUUGGUAUGGAGUGAUUCCUGAACUAUUUCCUCAUGCGAAGUACAUCCAUUCGGUGAUGACUGGGACUAUGCAGCCUUACGUGAAGAAGUUGAGGCAGUAUGCAGGAGAGCUGCCUUUGUUGUGUUCAGACUACGGAGCUUCGGAAGGAUGGGUCGGGUUGAAUGUGAACCCGAGAUCACUACCAGAAAUGGCGUUAUUCACCGUUCUCCCUAAUGUAGCUUAUUUUGAAUUUAUACCUUUGAAGAACAUUGAAGAUUUGGAACCGAGUGUAGUGGAUUUGACCCAGGUCAAAGUUGGUGAGCAGUACGAAGUUGUUAUCACAAACGGCCUAGGAUUGUAUCGGUAUCGUUUAGGAGACAUUGUGGAGGUGAGAGGCUUCCACAAUUCUUCAACCCCACAACUCAGAUUUGUUCGCAGAAAAAAUCUUCUGCUAAAUAUCGACAUAGACAAGAACACAGAAGAGGAUGUUCAGCUCUCUGUGGAGACGGCUGCAAAAAUCUUAAGCGACGACUCAUCAUCCAACCUUGAACUGCUAGACUUCACAAGCCAUGUCAAUAAGUCAACAUAUCCUGGCCAUUACGUUGUUUUCUGGGAAGUCAGCGGGGAAGAAAACGAUCAUCUCCACCAUCAUCAUCAUCAUCAAGUGUUGCAGGAAUGCUGCAACUGCUUAGACAGUUCGUUCGUGGACAUGGGUUACAUGAUUUCACGGAAGGCAAGAACCAUUGGUCCAUUAGAGCUUAAGGUUGUGAGGAGAGGGACUUUCAACAAGAUUCUUGAUCACUAUGUUGGGUUAGGCACUGCCGCUACGCAAUUCAAGAGUCCUAGGUUUGUUGGAGAUACUAAUGGUGCAGUUUUGGAGAUACUAAGGAACAGUGUGGUCAUGACCUACUCUAGUACUGCAUAUUCUUAGUAGUCCAAUAAUUUGUCAUGUCAUUGUUUGUUGGUUUAAAUUCUAUGAAAAUAAUAAAUAUGUAGCAGGAGGACCAAUACACAGCCUUCUAGCUACUUCUUGGUUGAUGAAAACACAUUGAUCUAAAAAUAUAGUUACUAAACUUUUGAUUUAAACCCGAUAUUAUAAUCAUUAUUUGUUGAUUUAGGGGGUACGGUGUAUCCACAAUUAAUAGUUUGUCUACAUUGAGAACUAUUAUACCAAAAUGUAUCACUUUCAAUAAUCACAAAGCACGAACAUGAAAAUUUGGUCGGAAAUAGUAUAUUUGUGUGGGAAAAUCUUGGAAACACAAUAAUUAAUGAGACAUGCAAGCGUAAAUUUAUUGAACAAAUUAUGGGCAUACGCAUACAGUGGCGGACCUACCUUGUGUCCCAUGGGGUCCCGGGACCCCAAGGACUUAACAAAAAUUACUUGGGAUAAUUUGAGUUUGCACCCCACUUUAUUGUUGAAAUUAGACUUUGCACCCCGUUUUUGAAAUCCUUAGUAUUUGCACCCUAACCCCGUAUGAAAAGACAAGAAUGCCCCUCGAUCAGAAAUAUGUUGAAGGACAACAAAAUUGUUAACUGAGGGGCAUUUUAGUCUUUUCAUACGGGGUUGGGGUGCAAAUACUAAAGAUUUCAAAAAUGGGGUGCAAAGUCUAAUUUCAACAAUAAAGUGGGGUGCAAACUCAAAUUAUCCCAAAUUACUUUCAUUAUCUUUGUCCCUAGAUUAAGAAAGUGAGAAUUGUAUGAUGAAGAGUUGUGCAAAUGAGAGAAAUAUGUAAAAAUGUGUAAGAAUGUUGUGAACCACAAAUUCUUUGCCUUGAAACGAUCUGGAAAAAAUGACUUCAUGUUGGCUCAUCGUGAAUGGGCCACGGUCUAGAAGCAACAUAUACACUGAAUUCCUAAAAUUUGGCCAUUUUCUGUAAAUUAAUUGCAUUUCAGAAACCCCGCCCUCAUCUAACAUGUUUGAGAACACAUUGGUAUAUAAUAUUAAAUUCAUCUCCUUCACCAAUGAAAAAUGCCAUACUAGGAGGUAUGUAAUAAUUAAUACUCUACUUCAUUAUAUAUUUGGAAAAUAGAGCAAUUCAGAUGAACGAGACCAAUAAUCCUACCCUCACUAGCCAUUUCUAAAAAUUAUAGAUUAUAAAUAUAUUAAAAGAGAAAAAGUAUUGUGUGUUGUGGUGAAAUUUUGAGAAUGAAGGAAGAGAUUUUAUAGGUGAGAUGGGUGGAAUAGUUAGGUAGAGAAUGAACUUGCGAGAAUUGAUCGCCAAAGCGCCAGGCACGUAUUCAGAAUGUUGUAUUACAAAUGAUAUAUUCUUGGAAUGAAAGUCUAACGAGUCGAAUAGUCACGUGGAGAACUUAGUUACCAAAAACCCAUGUACAUACGUAUUCUGAAUAUUAUAUACCGAAUGAUUUUUUUCGGAAUAAAAAUUUAUUAUUUGUUAUGACGUAGUUUUUUUUAAUUUUAUUUUCCAUUCGGAAUGCUUUAUUCUGAGUGUCUUUUUACUUUAAUUUUAUUAUUAUUCAUUCGGAAUGCUCCAUUCCGAGCAACUUUUUUCUUAAACUCUAUUCCAUUCGGAAUGAGACCUUUCAAAAUUCAUUUUUUCGUACCCUAAAAGUAACUCCCACGUUUUUGCAUGGGAGUUUCAAAUUUCUCGUAUUCUUGUCAUCUCCUCUUACAUUUAUAUAUACAAUGAAUAUUAUUUGAAAUAAUUUCCAAUGUAUGAUUAAAUCAAAUGACUUUUAAUAUGCAAUGUCCUAGUAAUAGUCAUAGUGACUUCUAUAAUCAAAUGUGUAUGAUUUCUACAUUAAUUUUCAUUGACAAAUAGUUUUAUUAACGCUACAAUCAAGCAAAGUGGUUUUGGUAAGGUGAUAUUUUUUGUACCGAGUAUGGCGCAACCAAGCCGAUAAGGCAGCACAACAUUUUAUUUUAAUUUUUUUAGUCAUGCAUUUAUUUCACUUUGAUUUUAAUCACUUUCUUAUUAUCAUUCUCCUAGGGAGGUUAGUUUUUUACUACCUCCGUAACCCUAGAAUCUUCCCAGUUUGACUCUUUUGAGUCAAACUUUAUAAACUUUGACUAUUAAUUAUUCAAAACCCACAUUAUGUUAUGAUUAAAAAUUUAUUUCAUAUACCUCAUUGUAAAACAUAUUAUUUGAAUGUUAAUUUAUUAUGAAUUUUAUAAAUAUAGAUACAUAGAUAUUUAGAGUCAAAGUUUAACCUAGAAGACCGUGAAAAGUCAAAAUGGGAAGAUCUUUGUGUUACGGAGGUAGUAUAUCAAUGUUAAAGGUCAACAGUGGCUCUGUUUUUCCAUUUGAAUUAUCACUAACUUUAACACAAAUUUAAAAGUGAAAUUUGAAUGUUUUUGCGGUCUCAAUUUUCUGCUGUCAACUUCUCUGUGGAAUGUAUAUCAAUUGAAG